AUGGCUCCCAAAGGCUCAGCCGUCCACACGGACAAGGCCCCCAAGCCCCUCGCCGGCAUCUACAGCCAGGCCAUUGUGGCCAACGGCAUGGUCUUUGUGUCCGGGGCCGUUCCCAUGGACCCGCAGACGGGCAAGUUGAUUGACGGCGACAUCCAGGCCCAUACCCACCAAUGCAUCAAGAACCUGACAGCCAUCCUCGAGGCGGCGGGCUCCAGCAUCGACAAGGUCGUCAAAGUCAACGUCUUCCUGUCUAACAUGGACGACUUUGUCAAGAUGAACGAGGUCUACUCUACUUACUGGGGUGAAGUCAAGCCCUGCCGGACUUGCGUUGCCGUCAAAACGCUGCCGCUGGAUACCGAUGUCGAGAUUGAGUGUACGGCUGUACUUUAG